AUGAAAUUCUCAUUAUACUUGAUCGUACUCACUAUCGUCUCAGCAGCUGAACUGGUCUGUCCACCGCUCAUCCCCGGUCGAGUUGGUAUAUGCGUUAUGGAAUGUUCGGAAGAGAGUCCCUGUGUUCGUCCCGGUGAGCUAUGCUGCUCCAACGGUUGUGGUUGGACCUGCAAACCUGGUGUUACAGAAGAGGAAUACAAACGCCUUGCUGACUUUGAUAAUCGACAAAUAAGAGGAUUUUCGUUGAUGGUUGGUCUUGGUGAUGAUGCUGAUAUGAAAAAAAUCAAAACUCAAUUGAAUGAAAUCGAUUUCAAGAGGAAUCUGUCAGCUGAAACGACGUCCUUAAAUGUGAGUGUAUUGAGCUCUUUGAAAAUCGUCAUCAUCAAGGUUCAGACCUCCAACGCUGAAGAUGCGGUUACGCUUGCGCGCACAGUGAAGAAGAUAUCGAUGUUGAGCUCGGCAAAUAUUGAAACUGAAUGGGAAUAUGUGGAUGAUUCGAUGGGAAAAAGUUUUAUUACACCGGAGAUUGAAGAAAUGUGAGUAUUUUUUUACUAUUGUUGGAGUUAUAAAAAUUUCGUCACUUCUUGUAGUUAUCGUUAACACACUUC